UGGCAUCUCUGAAUACAUUUGCACGUGUUUUUGAAGAGAGCUGUUGUGGUUUGGAGUAGUUCUGAAUAUUUCACUGAAAAAUCUGUUUUCUUUAAAUAAGGUGGAUAACAAUCACGAGCACCAUGGGGACUAUGAAAACUUUUGAUAUCGACAUGUUUCCAUCCGAUUUGGAAUUCUCGGUCUUCACGGGCGACGAGAUAAAACGCUUGAGUGUGGUAAAGGUAAUAACAGGACUCACCUUCGAUCCACUUGGACAUCCAUUGCCAGGUGGGUUGUAUGACAGUUUGAUGGGUACUUUUGGCAAGCGCAUGGAACCCUGUGGCACCUGUUUGGAUAUACAAAAAUGUCCAGGUCACAUGGGCCACAUCGAACUCAAUGCCUUAGUAUACAAUCCUUUCUUCGUCAAGUUUGUCCAAAAAAUAUGCAAUGUGUCCUGUAUGAGCUGCAACAAGUUGCAAAUAAAAGAUCAUACACUUGAAAUGUUAUCUUUGCAAUUGCGCCUACUCGAGGCUGGCUAUGUAGUAGAAGCCCAGGAAUUGGAACUUUAUAAAUCUGAAGUGGUUUUCAACAGCGAAGAGACUCGAGUAAAGACAGAAUAUGGGGACUAUGUUCAUCCUCGAGUUGCGGAAAUAUAUCAACUAUUGGGAAAAGGCCAAAGCAACCAGGUGAACAUAACCAAAACCUCGCGUGCGGUACGUGCCGCAAUUAUAAAUGCCGCAUUGCAAAGGCCAAUGUCAAAGAAAUGUAUGCAUUGUCACGAGAACCUUAAAACUGUACGCUAUAUGCAUCACAAGUUGGUAUAUUACAUUAGCAUUGCGGAAAUGAAAAGCAAAUUCAGUGAUAAAGAAGGUCUAUCUGGUCAACAUAAGGUCAUCUUGGCAGAUGAGUGUAGAAAAUUUUUGCGCCAGGUUUAUGAAAACCAUUCUGAAAUGCUAAAGCUAUUUUUCCCAGUCUUACAACUUGUGUGCAAAUCAAAGAAUACUGAUUUCUGUCCUGUUGAUAUAUUUUUCAUGGACACCAUACCGGUUACACCACCCAAGGCACGCCCGUCGAAUAUUUUGCACGACCAAAUAGUCGAACACGCCCAAACAGGACUUUAUCGUAAUAUUAUUGAGAAUAAUUCUGUUAUUCGUGUCAUUAUGAAGCAUAUUAAAGGGGAUUGCAUGGAUAUGUCUGAGGAAGCACAGAAUGUUUUUGCUGGUGCAAAGGGAUCGAAUGCCUAUGAGAAGCUCUACAACGCCUGGCAAGCUUUACAAACAUCAGUCAAUGUACUACUCGAUGUUACAAUGUCACGUGAAAGCCAAAAUUCGGCAGGUCUGAAACAGGUGUUGGAAAAGAAAGAAGGUUUGAUACGUAAACAUAUGAUGGGUAAGCGUGUAAAUUACGCAGCGCGUACUGUUAUUACACCCGAUCCAAAUAUAAACGUUGAGGAAAUCGGCAUACCUGACAUAUUUGCUCGCAAAUUAUCUUAUCCUGUUCCGGUUACACCAUGGAAUGUUGCUGAAUUACGUAAAAUGGUUAUGAAUGGUCCCGACGUACAUCCAGGUGCUAAUUAUAUUCAAGAUGAAAGAGGCUAUACGACCGUUAUACCAGCAAAUAAUGCUGCCAAACGUGAGAGUAUGGCAAAACUAUUAUUCAACUAUCCUGAAAAGGGUAUAAAAAUUGUCCAUCGCCAUGUUCUAAAUGGCGACAUUCUACUAUUGAACCGUCAGCCGUCUUUGCAUAGACCUUCUAUAAUGGCUCACAAAGCUCGCAUCUUACAAGGAGAAAAGACUUUCCGUCUUCACUAUUCAAAUUGUAAGGCAUACAAUGCUGAUUUUGAUGGUGAUGAAAUGAAUGCUCAUUUGCCUCAAAGUGAAGUUGCACGUUCGGAAGCAUACAACCUGGUUAAUGUUGCAAGCAACUAUCUGGUACCUAAGGAUGGUACCCCAUUGGGUGGUCUGAUUCAGGAUCACGUGAUUUCUGGUGUAAAACUUUCAAUUCGUGGCAGAUUUUUCAAUCGUGACGACUAUCAACAGCUUGUCUUUCAAGGCUUGUCUCACAUCAAAACGAACAUAACACUUUUGCCACCGACCAUAAUAAAACCGAUACAACUGUGGUCAGGAAAACAGGUACUGUCAACAAUUAUAAUAAACCUGAUACCAGAAGGAUAUCCAGCAAUUACAUUAAAUUCUGUGGCAAAAAUAGCAUCAAAGCACUGGAAUGUUAACAAAAAUCGCUUGGCAUUGGGCGGUGGCAAUUCAUUAGGCGAAAAUGAAAUGUCCGAAAGUCAAGUAAUAAUACGCAAUGGCGAACUUCUUGCCGGUGUGUUGGAUAAACAACAAUAUGGUGCCACCACUUAUGGUCUCAUUCAUUGCAUGUAUGAGCUCUACGGUGGUAAUACAUCGACCUGUCUACUAACUGCUUUUACCAAGGUGUUUACGUUUUUCCUACAACGUGAAGGCUUUACCUUGGGCGUUAAAGAUAUUUUGGUAACAGCUGAAGCUGAUGCCGAACGCCGUAAAAUAAUUCAAGAAAGUCGUGAAAUUGGCAAUACAGCCUUAGCAUCAGCUCUGGACUUAGAAGAUGUGCCAUCAUUGGACGUAUUGUCGGAGAAAAUGGAAGAUGCCUACAUUAAAGAUCCGAAAUUCCGUGUAAUUUUGGAUCGAAAAUAUAAAGCUUUGUUAGAUAGCUACACCAAUGAUAUUAACAAAACCUGCUUGCCUAAUGGUUUAAUUACCAAAUUUCCCGAAAAUAAUUUGCAAUUGAUGGUUUUGUCUGGUGCCAAAGGUUCCAUGGUCAACACAAUGCAAAUUUCUUGUCUAUUGGGUCAAAUCGAAUUGGAAGGCAAACGUCCACCACUCAUGAUCUCCGGUAAAUCCUUGCCCAGUUUUACUGCCUUCGAAACAUCACCAAAAUCGGGAGGAUAUAUUGAUGGACGCUUCAUGACGGGUAUUCAACCACAAGACUUCUUUUUCCAUUGUAUGGCUGGUCGUGAAGGUUUAAUUGAUACAGCUGUCAAAACCUCACGUUCCGGCUAUUUACAACGUUGUCUUAUUAAGCAUUUGGAAGGUCUCUCGGUAAAUUAUGACUUGACAGUCCGUGAUAGUGAUAACUGUGUUGUGCAAUAUCUGUAUGGCGAAGAUGGUUUGGAUAUUUUAAAGUCUAAGUUUUUCAAUACGAAGUUCUGCACGGAAUUUCUUACUGAAAACUCUGCCGUGGUUGUGCGACCACAGGAAUUGGCUACAAUAAAGGUGGACGAUGAGGUCAAUAAAGUACAACGACACAAUAAAAAAAUUCGUUCAUGGCUAAAGAAACAUAAUGCCGGAUCUCAGAUUGAUAAAAGACACAUUUCGGCAUUUACUCAUUUCUCGGCUGAACUGCGUAAUGAAAUCGAAGUCAAUAAACCCAACAAAUUGAACUCGAAAACCGGUAGAAGGCGUAUUGAUGAAGCCAUAAUCAAAUUGUGGCGAAAAGCUGAUGAGGACAGCAAAGCCCAGUACGAGAAAAAAUAUCCCCGUUGCCCAGAUCCCACAAAUUCUAUCUAUCGCCAGGAUUCUACUUUCAGUUCUGUUUCGGAGAAAGUGGAACAAAUUAUUGCUGACUAUGUGGCAAUACACCCCGAACGUAAGGCUGCAGUCAGUGAUGUUAUGUAUGUAAAGAAUGCAAAAGCUUUGGCAGCCCCCGGAGAACCUGUCGGUCUCCUGGCUGCUCAAUCAAUUGGUGAACCUUCCACACAGAUGACACUCAAUACCUUUCACUUUGCCGGUCGUGGUGAAAUGAACGUCACAUUGGGUAUUCCACGUCUACGUGAAAUUCUCAUGAUGGCCUCGGCAAAUAUUAAAACUCCCUCCAUGGACAUACCAAUUAAACCAAAUCAAGAAAAGAAUGCAGAAAAAUUGCGUCUAUCGUUGAAUAGAGUAACUUUGGCUGAUGUAUUGCAAUAUGUUAAUGUUAAAACUCAACUGGUGCACAGACCUCAGAGAGCACAAAAAUAUGAAUUAACCUUCCAGUUCCUGCCUCGAGAGGCCUACAGUGAAGACUUCUGUGUAAAACCAAAACAAAUUAUAAAGUAUCUGAGCAAAAAAUAUUUUUCACUUUUGUUCCGCGCUAUUAUAAAAUCAAAUAGCACCAAGGCUGCCGUUAUUGAAGUGGGGGAGACACAAAAAGAAGAUUCCACGAACGAUGAUAAAUUAGAUUCUGGAGAAGCUGUAGCGCAAAAAGAAACGGCUAACAACGACAAUGACUCUUCCGAUGACGAGCAAGGAGAGGUUGAUAAUGAUGCAACUGGUGUCAAACUGAAAUCUCGUAAAAUGGAUGAAAACGAGUACGAUGAUCCUGACGAGGCUGAAGAGGUUAAUGAUGCAAAUGUUGAUGACGAUGCUGCCGAUGACGAGGAAGAUGCUUCAGCUUCCAAAAACAACGAAAACGUAGAUGAUGACGAAGAGGAAGAAAAGCCCGGAAAGUCGGACAAUAUCACCGAAAAAGUUAUGCUUAAUUCAAUGGUUGAGAAUUAUGUGUAUGACAAAAAACACUAUCUAUGGGCCAAAUUAACAUUCAAUUUGGAUAUGAAAUAUAAACAACCAAAUAUCUCAUCCAUCAUCAAAGAUUUGGCUGAAAAAUCAGUCGUGCAUCAAGUUGACAAUAUCAAACGCGCCAUAAUAUACAAGGGCAAUAACGACGAGCCUACCCUGAAAACCGAUGGCAUCAACAUUGUGGAGAUGUUUAAACACAAUACCAUUCUCGACCUUAAUCGCUUCUAUUCGAACGAUAUACACGCCAUUGCUCGCACUUAUGGCAUUGAAGCAGCUGCCCGUGUUAUUAUCCAGGAAGUAACGAACGUCUUCAAAGUGUAUGGUAUUACCGUCGAUCGUCGUCAUUUAUCGUUAAUUGCCGAUUAUAUGACUUUUGAUGGAACAUUCCAGCCCUUAUCUCGUAAGGGUAUGGAACAUUCAGCAUCACCUCUACAACAAAUGUCCUUCGAAUCAUGUUUGCAAUUCUUAAAGAAUGCAGCUGGCAUGGGUUGCGCAGAUGAAUUGAAUUCCCCUUCGAGUCGUUUGAUGGUUGGACUUCCAGUACGGAAUGGUACAGGUGCCUUUGAAUUACUUACUAAAAUAUGUUAAAGAAAAACACAUUUCAAAUAAAAAAUGAAUUUCGUAUAAAAA